UUAACGGAAACGCGCGCGUGCGCUCUCGAGUUCGUGUCUUUAGUUUUAUAGUUUUGGAACGGAUUGCGCCUUUUUCUGUGCAUUUUUUAUCGUAACGUAAACGUAGAGCUCAGUGCUUACAAUUUUCAAAUUACAAGCAUAGGCAAGUGACACAGUUACCGGCGAAGGUCAGCGAACAUGGAAGGCCAGGCGAAGCAAGCAUACUUUAUCAAUGAAGCAUAUAAUUGCGAAGAGCAGCCACAUGAAGCUGGAGGAGGUGGUGCGGAUAAUCAGCCGCGGCGUCGCAGCGGUGGCAACAACAAGGAGCUUCAAUUAGAUUUGUCGGAUAAGAAAAGCAAGGAACAGGCAGCAGCCGCGAGGCCCACCAUGGAUUUUGAUGAUCUGCUGCCAUUGAUUGGCGAAUUUGGAAGAUAUCAAAAGAUCCUUUUCCUAUGCAUGAUUCCCUUCUCAUUCUUUGUGGCCUUUGUUUACUUCUCCCAAAUUUUCAUGACCCUCAUACCGGAGCAGCAUUGGUGCCAUGUGCCCGAGUUGGAUGCACUCGAUGUGGAGGCCAGAUUGGCCCUGUCCAUACCCAUGGUGAAUGGGGAGUACAACAAUUGCUACAUGUACGAUGUCAACUAUACGGAAGUCAUGGCCCAGGGCAAAAUUAUGGCUGAUCCAAAUUGGCCACGUGUGAAAUGCCGCAAUGGUUGGUCUUAUAAUUUUACGGAAAUACCUUACUACACGGUGGCCACCGAACAGAAUUGGGUCUGCGAUGAUGCUGCGCUGCCCACCUAUGCUCAAUCCAUUUUCUUUCUGGGCGCUAUUGUGGGUGGCUUGCUCUUUGGCUGGGUAGCGGAUCGUUUUGGUCGCAUUCCAGCUCUUAUUUGUUGUAAUCUGAUGGGAUUGGUUGCGGGCGUGGCAACUGCAUUCGUUAAAAACUUUUGGCAAUUUGCCACAAUGCGUUUCUUUGUGGGAUUUGCAUUCGACAAUUGCUUCACCAUGAUGUAUAUACUAGUGCUGGAGUAUGUGGGACCCAAAUACCGCACAUUUGUUGCCAACAUGUCCAUUGCCAUAUUCUUUACUGGCGCCGCCUGCUUGCUGCCCUGGAUUGCCUACUUUGUAGCUGAUUGGAAGCUGUUGACCAUCAUUACCUCAGCUCCCCUGUUAUUAGUGGUGUUUACACCUCUCAUUGUGCCAGAGUCGGCACGCUGGCUGGUCUCACAGGGCCAAGUGGAUAAGGCCAUUUCCAUACUGCGGCAACUGCAGCAUCGCAAUGGUCGUCAAGUUUCGGAGCAAACGUAUCAGAACUUUAGUGACAGCUGUCAACGCAUGCGGGAUCAGGAAGAGGCACAGAAUACCAGCUACUCUGUGCUGGAUCUCUUCAAGUCUCCUCGUCUGCGUCGCACCACUUUGCUGCUUAUUGUCAUAUGGAUGGCCAUAUCGUUGGUCUUUGAUGGCCAUGUGCGUAAUGUCGGCUCUCUCGGUCUCGACAUCUUCUUCACAUUUACUGUGGCCAGUUUUACGGAGCUACCUGCAGACACUUUGCUCACUAUUACGCUAGAUCGCUUUGGACGACGUUGGUUGGCUUGCGGCUCGAUGGUAGCCAGUGGCAUCUUCAGUCUUUUGGCUACACUGGCGCCAGUAGGCGUAUACGCCGCCACGUUAGCCAUCAUGGGCCGUUUCUUUGUGAACAUUAGCUAUAAUAUUGGACUGCAGUAUGCAGCUGAAAUACUUCCUACUGUGGUGCGUGCCCAGGGCGUUGCUUUCAUACACAUCAUGGGCUAUGUGGCUAGCAUUAUAGCUCCCUUUGUAGUUUAUCUGGCCAACAUAUCGCCUGUGCUACCGCUCAUAAUCUUGGGUCUGCUGGGCAUAGCGGGCGGCUUGCUGGCGCUACUGCUGCCAGAGACAUUGCAUCAUCAACUGCCACAGACUCUGAGCGAUGGGGAGGAAUUUGGACGUGGUCAGAGUAUAUGGGAUUUUCCCUGUCUAGCCAAGCAGCUAGACGAUGAGGAUAAAUGCAAUACAGAUGUGGAGGAGGUGCGGUCACAGGCCUUUGUACGUGGCACUCAAACAGGCGCUUCACUAAUUGCAUCAACACGUGGGGAGCUGCGGUCAAGCAUUUUACGGCGUUCAAUUCAAUCGCGUAACUCCACAAAAUUGUAAAUAACCAAUAAGUAUUUAAUAGCGAAAGCGACUCAUUGAUGUAUGUAGUCUUGCAUUUUUCAUA